AAAGAACUGCAUAACAGUUCCCGACCGUCACGUGUUUGUACAACGUGUCACCUGACAACGGAGCUACAGAUCUGCUGCAAAACAUUACCCGAUAAUCUGUAAAGCGUCGCAGAGACUUCUAUUGUUGACCUAUUAAGACUUCUGAUUGGCCAUCGGUUUCUUGUUCCUUUCUCUUACCCUGAUAUCUGCAUGCUGACAGGUUUAUACUCUGGAACGACGUCAGGGCUGUGAUCACACCAACUAAACCUGCAGGGGUUUGGAGACGAACCAGGCACAUCAGAACUGACCUGAUCUGGAUCAUGGUCACAAUCAUAGUGCUGACUGCUGCACUGUUCAGCGCCUUCACUUAUGGUGGAGCAACUACACUUCGUCUUGAUUCCUCACUGAGUGGAACAUGGAAAGUCAGAAAUGCAAAUGGAAAUAUUGAAGUACCAGCUGUAGUUCCUGGUGGUAUCUACACAGACUUGAGGGCAGCAGGUAUACUGGAGAGAGACAUCUACUAUCGCUUCAAUGACAUUGCAUAUCGAUGGGUGAGCAUGGAAAACUGGACUUAUAGUACAAACUUCACAGUGGAAGAAGAGUUAAUAGAGAAGCAGGAACUCUUUCUAGUUUUUCAUGGAGUUGACACUGUUGCAUCAGUCUACCUCAAUGAUGAGCACAUUGGCAACACUGAUAAUAUGUUUGUUCGCUAUUCAUUCCCUGUCAAGUCAGUUAUCAAAAGUGGAAACAAUGAACUUGAGGUGAGAUUUGAAUCAUCAAUAACCGCAGCCAAAGAACGAUACCAGCAACAAGCCCUGCACUAUCCAGUGCCACCCACAUGUGUUCCAGAUGAAUAUCGUGGGGAGUGUCAUGCAAACCACCUCCGCAAGAUGCAGGCAUCAUUUUCAUGGGACUGGGGACCUGCUUUUCCUUCUGCUGGCCUUUGGAAGGAAGUGGUACUGGAAGCAUUUGAUGAAGCUGUGAUCAGGGAAGUGACAACAAGUGCAACAUUAUCUGAUAACACUUGGCUGUUAAACGUAGGAAUAUUUCUAGAGGCUGGAGAGCAAGUCCUUAAGGUGUAUGGUAAAUUUGAAGCCAGGCUGGAACUGGAUGUGGAUCCUGUAGCUAAAGAAGCAGUACUACUUCCGGAUGAACCUGGUCAAUUCUACACAACUCUCACACUGGAGAUUCCAAAGGAAAAAGUUGAAUUGUGGUGGCCAAACGGAUUUGGCUCUCAGAAGCUUUAUAAUUUAUCAGUUGAUGUCAAAGACAGAAAUGAUACUGUGAUAGGUCAGGCAUCAUUAAGAAUUGGUUUCAGGACUAUUGAACUGAUAGAGGAGCCAGUGGAAUUAGGGAAUGGUCUCACAUUUUAUAUUAAAGUAAAUAAUGUACCAAUAUUUUCCAAGGGUUCCAACUGGAUUCCUUCCCAUGUUCUACCAGAAAAGUCAGCAGAACCAGAUGUAAUUUAUGAUCUUCUGUCAUCAGCCAAGGUCGCUCACAUGAACAUGCUGCGUGUGUGGGGCGGAGGUCUGUAUGAGUCAGAUCUAUUCUACCAGCUUGCAGAUGAAAUGGGAAUCUUGAUCUGGCAAGAUUUCAUGUUUGCCUGCAGUCUGUACCCCACCAAUAAUGAAUUCCUCCAGUCUGUUAAGAAAGAAGUAACACAGCAAGUGCGUCGCCUUCACCAUCACCCGAGCAUUAUCAUAUGGGCAGGUAACAAUGAGAAUGAAGCUGCCCUCAGAGACAACUGGUAUGGUUCAGGCAGCAACUACAGUCUUUACAAGUCAGAUUACAUAAAACUGUAUGUGGAUACAAUUCGACCUGCGGUGCUGGCCGAAGACAGUACUCGCCCAUUCAUUGUGUCAAGUCCAACAAAUGGAAUAGAAUCUGAGAGGGAGGGCUACAUAGCUGACAACCCAUACAGCUCACUAUAUGGAGAUGUGCACUACUACAACUACCUGGCUGAUGCCUGGAAUCCCAAUAAUUAUCCAACAACCAGAUUUGCAUCAGAGUAUGGUUUCCAGUCAUUUCCAUCACUAAACACUCUAUCUAAAGUUUCCAUACCUUCUGACCUUAGUAUGCAGUCUCAGUUCAUUGAUCAUCGUCAGCAUCAUCCCGGUGGAAAUAAUGAAUUGAGAAUUGAGAUACUGCAGAAUCUGCAACUUCAAAAGUACGCAACUCCAGAGGAAGAAUUCCCAACAUUCAUUUACUUCGCUCAGAUAAACCAAGCUAUGUCCAUCAAGACAGCGACGGAGUUCUAUCGCCGAGGACGAAGCCUGCAUACGGCUGAUGGCCAAGGUUCAACUAUGGGUGCUUUGUACUGGCAACUGAAUGACAUCUGGCAGGGAGCAUCUUGGGCUUCUUUAGAAUUUGGUGGAAAGUGGAAGAUGCUGCACUACUUUGCACGCAGAUUCUUUGCACCAGCCCUUGUUUCACCUUCUGUGACAAGUGCUGGAGACUUAGAAAUUCAUCUUAUAUCAGACUACCUGGAAGAUAAGGAAACACUGCUGACAGUGUCAGUGUAUAAAUGGAACAGUCUUACUCCUAUAAAUGAGACUUCAAGCACUCACACACUGAACAAAGCAUCAGUCACUAAAGUGUUCAGUAAGAACUUACUGGACCAUCUGAAUGCUGCUGGAUGUUCAGAGUAUGCUGUGAAGAGUUGCUUUCUGCAUUUUUCACUGACUACAACAAGUGGAGAUGACAUAAGUCCAGAUAAUUUCCUAUUCCCAGGGUCUCUCAAAGAACUGAUUGAUUUUGAACCAGCAAAUAUUACUAUAACAUAUGUUAAACAUGGAACAAAAGCCAACACAUUUGAGAUUGAUAUUACAACUGAUGGAGUGGCAGUGUUUGUAUGGUUAGAGAUUAACGGUAUUGCUGGAGAGUUUUCAGACAAUGGUUUCUUGCUGGUUACUCCAACUCGGACAAUUGAAUUUGUUGCAAAAGAAGAAGUGGCAAGAGAAAAGCUGCAGCAAGCUAUUACCAUUAUAUCACUUGCUGAUGUCUACUGAAUGUGUUGCAGACUUGUAUUUAAAUUCAUAGCAUAAAAUGAUUCACUGAACAGGAUUAAUUUUCUGAGUAAUAAACAUUUGUGACCACACGAAUUUGAGCAGUCUUGCUUCUUAUGCAACAUAUAUUAGAAAAAAUUUAGGAAUGCAUACCUCCACUUCCUUAUACAACUUCAAGGUGUGGUGAUUAGUUAAGCACCAGGAAUAAUACCUUUACCUUAUGGAAAUUCCCUAAUUUAAAAUUGAAUGUUUAGAAUAAAUGAUUCUUAGAAAUGAAGAACAACAACAUUAUCACUGAAAUAUUAAAUGGUAACCUUGAACUCCAAAAUACGUUUCAUGAUACUGUAAGGUUAUGUAACGUUAUGACAACAGUGAUGGCCACAGACAGGACCUACAACCUUUUGUUUCCAAAAUCAAAGCUUCAGCAGAGGUGAGAGCUGUAAUAUGCUCAGAAGAUAUCUUCAUCCACAUUCAGUCAAGAAGAGAAGAGAACCCACCCCUUUCAAUACCAUGUGAAAACUGAAAACCACAGGAAUACUAGAUGGUGUGUAACACAGCAGUUAUGUUACAGCCAGCUUUGGACAGAAACAAAUCAAUACGAAUCUACUUGCACAUUCAGCCAUCAAAUAUUAUUAAUAAUUCAGCACACACACACAUUUUAUGCAAAACUGUGAUAACUGUGUUUUACAUGCUGAAAAUAAUGUAUGAUAUUUCUAAUCUCAAUAAAUAUAAGCAAUUUCAAAAUAUA